AUAAUACCAGAAGAAGCAAAUUCUCAAAUUAGAAUGCCAAGAAUAGUUCCUGUUAAUAUUGGGUUAAUUAUAAAAACCUCUUUAUCUGUUCAAAAGGCUGAGGUCACUUUGUUUCCUGAUUAAUUCUGCCUUAACAUUAAACUAUAUAUCAUGGAACUAUAAAACGCGCGUGAAAAAAUCGAAAACUUUUGUUUUCAUAAUGUGGGUUUUAUUUAACAUAAGAAAAUUAACUAUGCUAUAUCCGUCCAUAGCGCACAAGACACAUUGGCUUGUACCGCUUAUGCCUAUCCGGAACAGGCUGAAAUAUAUUAAUAUCACAGCAUGCAAUCGAACAAUAUUAUGUAAGGCAUUUAAGUAUGCAUCUAAACGGAAGUCAUUCGUAAACCUCUUAUUAUCGAGUUGAUAGUGUUAUUACGCGCUCCACCGACUGUCUUCAUUCUUCGUUGGCCAGUAUAAUACUACCGCCUGCAUAACCUCCGGUACAUUCUGAAUGCACCGUCUGUUCUCUGUCCACAAGACAGCACGUAAAACACCUGAGGCUGGCUGUCCACAUUCUCAAUACGCAGGCUAUAUAAGACAUGCACUGAAUGCACGUGAUCCAACUGUUAUAACAAUACGUAAAGCCGUAGACUACAUUACAUUCAAAAGAUGGGUCUUUGUGACAUUGUAGUAGACCUAAACAGAUUUGAAUCCUAUAUUGUUUCGGUAAUAUACAAUUUAUUCAGUUUAGGGACGGUAAGCAUAAAAUAAUAACGGUGUCUUGCAAUUUAAACAGGGACAAAGACAGGCUAUGUGUCGUUUCUCCAGCUAUAGUGCUUCUUACAAUAUCGGUUUAUGUGCGUUAUGCUAUGCCUAGUGGUUUUGCUUACAAAUACUGUAUGCCUACUGUAUGGGCUGUCCGCAUGGGUGACUGCGUUUUUAUUUUUCAAACCGCGAGAGUAAAAGUAAAACUAAAAUCUCCCUCAAAACCCCGAUUGGCUGGCGAAUGCUCCAAUGGAAGUAAGCCCUUCCCAUUUUCGCCUCGUACAAGCACAUGUUUGAGCACGGAAUGUUUCUUGCUGCUAUGGUUACUGGAACAGCGUUGUCGGUAUGCUGACUUUGAGAGUGACUGGCCGGCCAGGGAAGGGUUAAGGAGUGGCUUCUCUUCACGUUGCCUGGGGACUGUCUGCGCCUCACAUAGUCGUCCACUUGUAUCCCCGGCACAUUUGUUUCCAUGUGGUCUUUGGAGAGGGAGGUGUUCACCGCUGCAGAGUUCAAAACUUUUGACGAAUGUUAAUCAUUUUUACUGUUAUUAUUCCAGAACCUUUACUUUACAAUAUAUAGGCUGCCGUUAAUAAACGCCGUCUUUUUUGGAUUGCUUGAGAGGGUGAAGGACAGGAUUUAACGAGCCCGUAAUUACCGAUACGCGAGUUGGUGCAUUUUACACGUGAGUUGGGAGCUGUUCCGUUUGGAGACGCGCCUGCGCUCUGGUUACACACAAACUGGUUGCAAAGUGACCGCAGAGAGAACUGGUUGUCAUUCUAAAGUGCUGCACCAGUGGAUGUAGGAAGAACUGCUCAAUAUCCCCCCUGAAACGAACUUGUAAGCAGAAAAGUUAUGGAUGAAAGAAUACCACGUCUGCAAGACAGACAAUUGCUGGAUCACGCGGAUUUUCUUGGGGUAGAAUAUUCGUCGCUCUACAUGUGCAAAUCGAAAAGAGGCAUGAAGAGAGAGGAGAGCAAGGAAGCAUACAAGUUGCCUCACAGAUUAAUAGAAAAGAAGAGACGAGACCGAAUUAACGAAUGUAUCGGACAGUUGAAAGAUCUGUUGCCCGAGCAUUUGAAAUUGACGACGCUGGGGCAUUUGGAGAAGGCUGUCGUUCUCGAGCUAACUUUGAAGCAUUUAAACACUCUAACAGCUGUCACGGAGCAACAACACCAGAAAAUCAUUGCAUUGCAGAGCGGCGACCGAUCGAUGAAAUCCACCAUUCAGACUGACUUAGAUGCUUUCCAUUCUGGCUUUCAAACCUGCGCGAAGGAAGUCAUACAGUACCUAAACAGGUUCGAGAACUGGACUGCGAGGGACCAGCGAUGCACGCAGCUCAUUAGCCAUUUGCACAAAGUUUCCGCUCAGUUUUUGCCCAACGCACAGCUCCUGUCGCAACAGCUUUCUGACGGCAAAGGCGCCGGCACAGUCCCGGAGCCCGACGGCCAGAAGGCGGAAAGCCAAGCGAACUGCGUGCCAGUCAUUCAGCGGACUCACAACGGGGAGCUUAACGAGAACGACACCGACACAGACAGUGGAUACGGCGGGGAGGCGGAGAAAUACGAGGGGAAAUUUGACAAAGAAUAUAACGGCGGUCACAAGUCGCAAGGACCCAAAUCGGUCAAAAUCAAGCAGGAAUUUGGGGACGAUCACCCUGCGAAAAAAAGCAAAAUUGACUCGACGGGCAUCGGGAUGGGAAGCCCGGAUCUGACAAACAGACCGGACGUGGCUUUGCUGAACUCGCUGAUGGGACUAGGUGGUGUUGUCGGACAGCAGGCUCCGUUUUGCUUGCCUUUCUAUUUCAUUAACCCUUCCGCCGCGGCAUCCUAUAUGCCUUUGUUCGACAAAUCCAAUUUAGAGAAGUAUUUCUACCCAGGCACGGCUGCGGUGACCAACCCUUUCCCCUUGCUUUACCCCGGACUCCCCGCGCAGGCUGCCGCGGCUGCAGCGUUCCCCGGCUUGACAUCCGCGUUGUCCCUGGACAAACGGUGCGGGUCAUCCCCCCUCUCUCAGAAUAGCGAUUGCGCGCCUGCAGACUGUGACUCCGCCAACGAGGCGGAAUUGUCCUCACCUGCGGCAAACGAGGACAGCUUUGACGACGAAAACCCAGACGAGUCCCCAAAGACGGAAAACGAAGCGACAUAAAUUAUUGCCUGCCGGCAAACUUAUUUUGUUAUUCUUCUGUUAUUCAAAUUCGCGACAUAUUGUCUGUCUUUUUUUUUUUUGUUGUGUAUUUAAACAAAACGAUCAGAACGUUGCUGUUAAUAUUGCUUUAUUUUUGAUGGUUCGUUCAGCGUUUAUGUUUUAAGGCAAAUGCGCAUUAGCGUUUAAAUAGAAUAUUAAGUGUAUUCAGUUAAUGUAAACGUAGUUUGUUUACAUUUCAUAGACCCAAAGCUUUAUAUGAGCCUGUUGUGUUGGUUAGCAUUGGCUUGAUAGGUAACCCUUUUUGUAGAGCGCUAAUAAUGUCAUAAUGUUUAAUGAAUGCUUUGACCUGCGGAUGUAUCGCUGCCCCUCAAACAUUGUGGUUCUGACGCGUGUGUCCCUUAUGGACCUGUACUGCACACCGAGGACGCUCACGUGGACGGUACUUCGAAUAAUAAAAUUAAAAAAAACACACACACAAGGUAUAUUGGCACCUUAAUGGAAUUUUGAUAUUGAAUGUAACUUUUUAGAAUAUGUGGAAGUAUAAAUGAUAGAAUUCCGGGUGUUUUGCUCUUUGCGAGAUAAAGUGCACUUGUUCAAGUAUUUUGAAUAUUCACUGUUAAUUUUUUAGAACCCUGCCCCUCCACACGUUCCUGUUGUUUAUAUAGUUCAAGCACUGCAUCCAAACUGGGUUACAUUUUCCUUUGCCCUUUCAAUAAACUAAUAUAUGGAGUCUUUGAAGAGACUUCACAUUUCUGCAGUGCUCUCAUACUCAAACAUAACCUUCAGACACCAAACUUACAAUUAAUGACAUAGUUUCAGCCACCUGGUAGAUAUCUACCCGGUAUUGUACUUUCAUCAGAAAAAGAAAAUGACAUAGUAGUCAUUUUAAAUGUCCAAUUUAAGGCGGGUAAGAAUAACUUCUUGGUUGGAAUAAUCCUACAGUUUGACUUGUAUUCCUUUAUUCCAGCUCUGCACAAAUGUCCAGAACUACUGGGGACUGAGUUAAUCGUUUUCUGCUAUUGUGGACUGUUACAAAUGUAACAUGAAGUAGAUUCCCGUGUCCAGCUGGCAAAGAAUGCAACCACUCACAAGUAGCAUCCUCUAAACAGAAAUGAUUUGUUUUUCUAAAAUUGUUGUAUGACACACUUUAGCACUGCCCCAUACAGUAACAUUUUCCAAGUUUUAGCACACUUUAACACUGUCCCUUACCCAUUCCCUGUUUUAGCACACUUUAGCCCGGUCCCUUACCCAUUCCCUGUUUUAGCACACUUUAGCCCUGUCCCUUACCAAUUCCCUGUUAUAGCACACUUUAGCCCGGUCCCUUACCAAUUCCCUGUUUUAGCACACUUUAGCCCUGUCCCUUACCAAUUCCCUGUUAUAGCACACUUUAGCCCGGUCCCUUACCCAUUCCCUGUUAUAGCACACUUUAGCCCGGUCCCUUACCAAUUCCCUGAUUUAGACUGUAUAUCCAUUUUAAGCAUUUCAUUUUGGUGACAUUCCGUGAGGUGUUGUUGGAAAGACACGGUGGCUCACUUUGAACAGUUUCAUGAGAAUGUUACAUUAGAGAGGAGACAAUCUCAUUAAAAUGAUAGUAUUUAAGUAAUUAUGAAUAUAAUUAUUUAUAUAUAAUGUAUGUAUAUAUGUUAAUUUUUUUUAUAUCCAGUACUGCUCUUAGCUGUUUCGCCUCAAAAGCGCUGCGUUUUCGAUUGUGAUAUUGCCUAAAACAGUGGCCCGUUUGUGUAAAUAUUUUUUUGUCAAAUAUACAAAUACGCGAUGGAACUUAUGUCAAAUGUUAUUGUUGUAGAUGAAUUGUAUGGAUUUUUCAAGGAUUUCCCAGAUUGCAGCACUUUUUGUUGGUGCUUGAAGCGUACGCUGUCUGAAAUUGUUUUAAGAAAAGUUCUAAAAUAAAUAUCAGCAAGAAAACUAC